CUCUCCCUUCUUCGCAGAGGAUUGUGGGUGGAAACUGGAGAAUCAAGAUGGCAGCGCCCUGCUCGAGGAUGGCGAAUCGCCCUUUAUGGCAAUUUAUUACAAACGUCAGACGGACAGGGCUAAAACAUACAGGAGUUCGUCACAUUUCUCUCGGUUCCGCUUGUCGAGCUGCGACUCAGACCGGAAGUAACACGGAAAGCGUCGCGUCGCCAUGGAAGCUGUACGGGGCGGUGUGUCUCCAGAGGCUGCCUGUCAUAUCACAGGACCGGAACCCGAUCGAAGACCAAUUCGCUGAGCUCAUGCAUCAGAUGGAGCUGGAGAGAAGCUUGCUGUCGGAUCAUGAACAGAGGCUCCUUGAGGACUCAGAACGUAUGACUCGUAAACAGGCAGACAACUAUGAUUCAGAUGAGGAGGAGGCAGACUACGGUGGCCAGGAGACCAUCACCGCUCAGGACCAGGAGGACACCUGGGAACAGAAACUCAAACACUUCCAACCUGCUCUCAGAGACAGAGAUGUAGGUGGGACACCGCUGGACUCAGUGGAGAGGUGUCUAGGAGACAGCCUGGUCCUGCUGGUCCAGCAGACUGUCGGUAAAGAGACCAUCUGGCUGCUCCCUCAGGCCCAGUGGGAGGCAGGGGAGACUCUCCGACAGACAGCAGAGAGAGGCCUCUGCAGCCUGCCAGAGGCUGAUUUCAAGGCUACGUUCCUUGGCAACACCCCCUGUGGAGUGUACAGGUACGCAUUCCCCAAAGAGGUCCGGACAGAGCGCUGCGUGGGAGCCAAGGUCUUCUUUUUCAAAGCUCUCCUGUCCGCUGGUUCAGCCCGUCAGAAAGAUCCUUUCCUGACUGCUGGUUCAGCCAAUCAGAAAGAACCUUUCCUGUCCUCUGGUUCAGCCAGUCAGAAAGAACCUUUCCUGUCCGCGGGUUCAGCCAAUCAGAAAGAACCUUUCCUGUGGGUGAAGAAGACUGAACUGCAGGAAUACCUGAAGCCACCUUACUUGGAGAAGGUUGACCGCUUCAUCCUCAACCUGUGAUUGAGCUGAUGGAGAAGAUGAGAGCUGAUGGAGAAGAUGUGAUGAGAGGUUACGGAUGUCUUUUUUAGAAACGUCCUCGUUGAGUCCUGGAAGUCAUAUUUCUGUCACAGCAACUGUUGUUUUCUCCUGUCCACUUGGUGUAUAAGAUGAUUAAAGUUUAUAAUUUGUUCCAACA